AUGUCACUGACACCCGCGGAGGUCAUCGCGAAGAUCCCAGAGAGCUUCGACAAGGCUCAAGCAGCGAGCGACCUCCUGUUCUUCCCGUCGACCGUGCAGAAGCACACCGAGUUUGAUGUCGAUUUUGAGAUCAGGCUAUGUCCUGCACUGCAGCAGAAACCCCAUCUACCGACGCCUCAUUUCUCGAGCACGCCCCAGUUACCUUCAGGGAAGCCCGAUCCAUUCGCACCUCCAUACACACCAAGUCUAUACCUGGGGGAGAUCAAGGAUGAAGAGGAAGGCACAGCGUAUGUCGUCCUGUUCAACAAGUAUGCAGUGAUGAAGCACCACAUCCUAUUGGUCACGAAAGAUUACCAGUCGCAGACAUCCCCGUUGCUCCCACCUGAUCUCGUGCAAACGUACCUGCUACUCCUAGCCGCCCAACGAGCUGGCCGACGAUACUUCGCCUUCUACAACUGUGGUGAUCUGAGCGGCGCGAGUCAGCCACAUAAGCAUCUGCAACUGAUUCCCGUGGAGGAUGAUGGCCCUCCGAUUGAGAGACUGACCAGAAAGACGAAGAUCGAUUUCCCAGACCGCCCUUUUGCUCUGGACACCCUGCCUUACGCGAACCACGUCCGAAGAUUGCCUUCAAGUUUUUCCUCAGCAUCGUAUGAUGACCUCGAGCGAGAACUCUCAAGUUCUUUCCUCUCACUGCUGGACCUUGUCGUUUCCACCGUACGGCAUGAUCCAGACUACCCCUCAGGUACACCAUCGUACAACGUCAUACUCACUCUGGAGCACAUGCACGUCAUCCCUAGGAAGAAGGAGAACCAUACCUUGGAGGAGACGGGUGAGCAAAUAAGUGUGAAUUCACUUGGGUACGCUGGGAUGCUCCUCGUCAAGAGCGAGCGGGAGCUGGAGGUGGUGAAGCGCGAGGGUAUAGGUCGGAUACUGAGGGAUGUCGGCCUGCAGAGUGUGCAUGAACUAUUGGUCGACGAACAUUCUCAUGAGGCAGGGGAAUUGCACUCGGCGCAAUAA